CGGGGCGAGCUCGCAGUGCGCUUGCGCACAGCCUGCUCUCGCCCGAGGAGCCGCAGUCUCGAGAGCGCCAAGGCGGUAUUUCGGUAAUCUCUGACAAACCUCUCCUGCGAACCCGGCGCCGUUGGACUGCGCCCAGGGCGGGGACGUCAGCGGGGCACAGGAGGGAGCCACGAUGCCGGUGAGGAGAGUCGCUCAGCUGCUGGGAUUCCUCAUCCCAGCGGCCUGGCUCGGGGGCGCGGCUGUUGCCAUGGAGGCGCGGAACAGAUCAAUAAAUCAGAGAAGCCUGAAAGCUGUGAUAAUGUGAAGGUGGUUGUUAGGUGCCGGCCCCUCAACGAGAGAGAGAAAUCAAUGUGCUAUAAACAAGCUGUCAGUGUGGAUGAGAUGAGGGGAACUAUUACUGUACAUAAGACUGAUUCUUCCAAUGAACCUCCAAAGACAUUUACUUUUGAUACUGUGUUUGGACCAGAGAGUAAACAACUUGAUGUUUAUAACUUAACUGCAAGACCUAUUAUUGAUUCUGUUCUUGAAGGCUACAAUGGGACUAUUUUUGCAUAUGGACAAACUGGAACAGGCAAAACUUUUACCAUGGAAGGCGUUCGAGCUGUUCCUGAACUUAGAGGAAUCAUUCCAAAUUCAUUUGCUCACAUAUUUGGUCAUAUUGCAAAAGCAGAGGGAGAUACAAGAUUUUUGGUUCGAGUGUCUUACUUGGAAAUAUAUAAUGAAGAAGUUCGUGACCUUUUGGGCAAGGAUCAGACACAGAGGUUAGAGGUUAAAGAAAGACCUGAUGUGGGAGUUUAUAUCAAAGAUUUAUCAGCUUAUGUGGUAAAUAAUGCUGACGAUAUGGAUAGAAUUAUGACUCUAGGCCACAAAAAUCGUUCUGUUGGCGCAACUAAUAUGAAUGAACACAGUUCCCGUUCCCAUGCCAUCUUUACAAUUACUAUAGAAUGCAGUGAAAAAGGCGUUGAUGGUAACAUGCAUGUCAGAAUGGGGAAGCUCCAUCUUGUAGACCUUGCUGGUUCAGAAAGACAAGCAAAAACUGGAGCUACUGGACAGCGCCUGAAGGAAGCCACAAAAAUCAAUCUUUCCCUUUCCACCCUUGGUAAUGUAAUUUCUGCCUUGGUUGAUGGAAAAAGCACUCAUGUUCCUUAUCGCAACUCUAAAUUGACUCGUCUUCUUCAAGAUUCCUUAGGAGGAAAUUCAAAAACCAUGAUGUGUGCAAAUAUUGGGCCAGCAGAUUACAAUUAUGAUGAAACUAUUAGUACAUUACGGUAUGCUAACCGUGCUAAGAAUAUUAAAAAUAAAGCUAGAAUCAAUGAAGAUCCAAAGGAUGCUUUGCUUCGUCAGUUUCAGAAAGAAAUAGAAGAACUGAAAAAAAAGCUUGAAGAAGGGGAAGAAAUAUCAGGCUCUGAUAUCAGUGGGUCGGAGGAAGAGGAUGAUGAAGAGGGUGAGGUUGGAGAAGAUGGAGAGAAGAGGAAAAAAAGAAGGGGCAGUAGCAGCAGCAGUAGUUCAGACUCCACAUGUUCUGUCAUAGAGAAACCUCUGGAUAAGUCCUUGCCUAAUCAAGCAGGUAAAAAGAAAGUGUCCCCAGAUAAGAUGGUUGAAAUGCAAGCAAAAAUUGAUGAGGAGAGAAAAGCACUUGAAACAAAGCUUGACAUGGAAGAAGAAGAAAGAAACAAGGCUAGAGCUGAAUUAGAGAAACGGGAAAAAGAUCUACUUAAGGCUCAACAAGAACAUCAAUCUUUGCUAGAGAAAUUAUCUGCUCUGGAGAAGAAAGUAAUUGUUGGUGGUGUUGAUUUGUUGGCAAAAGCUGAGGAACAAGAGAAACUUCUUGAAGAAUCUAACAUGGAGCUGGAAGAACGGAGGAAAAGAGCAGAGCAACUUCGCAGAGAACUUGAGGAAAAAGAGCAAGAACGCUUGGAUAUUGAAGAAAAAUACACCAGCUUGCAAGAGGAAGCACAGGGAAAAACCAAGAAACUAAAGAAAGUGUGGACUAUGCUGAUGGCUGCCAAAUCAGAGAUGGCUGAUCUCCAACAGGAGCAUCAGAGGGAAAUUGAAGGCCUCCUGGAGAAUAUUCGACAACUUAGCCGGGAGCUUCGACUUCAGAUGCUUAUUAUUGAUAACUUUAUACCUCAAGAUUAUCAGGAAAUGAUUGAAAACUACGUCCACUGGAAUGAAGACAUAGGAGAAUGGCAGCUGAAAUGUGUUGCCUAUACAGGAAAUAACAUGAGGAAGCAGACCCCAGCUCCUGAUAAAAAGGAGAAAGAUCCCUUUGAAGUGGACCUUUCCCACGUGUAUCUUGCCUAUACUGAGGAGAGCCUCCGGCAGUCCCUGAUGAAGUUAGAGAGGCCACGGACGUCAAAGGGGAAAGCAAGGCCAAAGACGGGGCGAAGAAAGCGUUCUGCAAAGCCUGAAACUGUGAUUGACUCUUUACUUCAGUAAACAUUACAGACUUAAAGUCACAAUAAAAAUUAAUGAUAUUCUCAUGCCUAGACAAAAUCUUUAAUUAAAACACUGAAGACUGUUGUGUAAUUUCAGAUUAUGGAAGCUGUAAAUCAUGGAGUAAGACUGGAACUAAUAUUUUGCCUAAUAAGUCUUAGUCAGUGUAUAUAUUAAUGUCAUAUUAAAAUUGUACAACUGGUAAUUGUUCAGAUUGUCAUAUUACACUCUAUACUGUGCAGGGAACUUGGGGGAGCAGCUUACUGUACUGAGAGAGUUGCAGUUUAAUGUAUACAUAAAUCUGCUAGUGAUUUAUUCAACUACUGUAUAAUUAGGUAACUGGAUAGGCAAAAUAGAAAAAAAUAUAUAUGUCCUGUUUUGCACACAGAAAGCAGAUCUCAUCAUUCUAUGUUGUGCUGUCAUGUGAAUGUAUGGGCUGCAUAUCUAAGAAAUUAUUUGAUCUUAACACCCACCUGGCCUAUUUAAAAAUGUUCUAAUUUUUAUACUAACAUUCAUUGCAUUUUAAGUAUGAGACAACUUACGUUAUUGAUCUUUGGAAAAUUUUAUAAUUCAGCAGCCAAACUUUAGAAGUAUACAUGUUUAAAAUGCAAAAGUUGGAAACACGUUUCUUUAGGACCUCUCUUGACCUUUUUCUGCCACUUGGACUUCAAGUGAAAUACACUUUUUUGGUUCUGGUUUCAUGUUCUCUCGAAGCAUUGAGUUUGUACAUAGAUAUAAAAGUCACAGUUGCAGAAAAUUAAGAAGCUAAAUACUGGUCACUAACCUUUGCCUAUAUAUGUAUAUUUUCUAAAAUUCACUUUGAGUGUGACUAAUGGAUGCUUUUCUGCAUCUCAGUUCUAAAUUGUGAUAGGAAUUGCUCUGUAUCUCCCAAUUGAGAAAGGUCUCCAUUUUCCACAAAAUGCAAUCAAAGCAAGAAAUAUGUGUAUCUUUUAAUUCUUAGACUUUAAAACAUUUGUUUUGCUUUUAUUCAUAUUUUAUAAAAAGAAAACAUUCUUCCCUGAAUUUCUUUUAUUGACAAAUCCCAGUUACACCAUAUUCCUUUAAAAAUAAAAAAAAAAUCAUUUUUGUAGUAAAAUAAGUUGUAAUAGUUAGAAUUGUUCUCAUGGUGAUUGCUUACAAAAUUUUAAUUUUUUCAUAAGUUAUGCUACUCCUAAGCCACUUAAUGUAUAUUUUAUCAAUUUUAAAAUUAUAUGAUCAGCCCUAAAGUCCAUUGGUUGCAAGUUUGAGACUUCAUAAAUUAGUAUUUAUUAAGUGAACAGUAUUUUAGUAAGUUUGGUUAAAUAUUGGUUUGUAGUUACCAAGCUGCCUAUAGACUGGGGGUGAGUGUAGGUGGCAUGAUUGUGAGGUGGUGUUAAAAAUGCGUCUCUAAGUUUAAAGUUCAUUCCAAAGGUGGUGUACCAGAUGUCCUGUGUAUGGUGAAUAUUUUCUAGGUAAUAAGAAUUGCAUUUACCUGGCAGCAUUUUCCUUGUAAUGUGUAAGAUAGUUAGAAGUUUUGACUUUACACUCUGUGGGGCAUUGUUCAGGUACUGUGAAGACUAGAGGUGAAUUUGUGUCUUGUGAAAGCUUUGUCUGUGAAGAAUGUCUUGGCAGUUGUAGAUGCACAUUUAAUGGUUAGCAAAUGCUCCAGAGAAAUCUUAAUUUUGCCAGUAGAAUAAAAAAGAUGCAUACUUCUUUCUAAAAAUCCACACUUCUAGCCUUUAACCAUCCAGUGAAUAGGAAAGGAAUAACUUCAUUUUUUAUUGUUUUUGAGUAGAGUUGACACACAGUGUUACAUUAGUUUCAGGUGUGCAAAAUAGUGAUUCCGCUGCUGAGUUGCACUGUGCUCAUGGCAAGUGUAGCUCCCAUCUUUCACCAUAAGACGCUAUUACAGGCUAUUACAGUAUCGUUCACUAUAUUCCCUUUGCUGUGGGGAAGGAACAACUUGUGCAUUAAGCUUUAAAACAGAAAAUUUAAGCCAGUGUGUUAGAUUUAUUUUUCUAUUCCACUUCUGCUACAAUAGCAAAAAUCUGUAAAAAGUCAAAACAUUGAGGAAUUUACAAAACAGGCCAUGUGAGCAGUUUUUUUUUUUUUUUAACAUUUACAUCAGAAAUUGAUUAUACCAGAUGUACCUUAGAUAUUCAUUUUAUGAAAUACCAAAAUAAGAUAUUCGAGCCAGGCUUGAAUAUCCAUAUGAAAGCAUGGGAUACUGACUUUAGAGCUGUUCAUUUAGCUCUGAUCAUAGCAAUUCUGUGGUUUCUUCACAUGUACUGUGUCUUUGUCCAUAAAAUGAAAUAUUUUUAACUUCAGUGUUAAUUUCGUGAAAGGAUAUGGAUGAAGAUACUUGCUCAUUAUUUGAAAUAGACAGUUUUAAGAUGAGUGUCUCAUAUAAAUAGGUUAUUGAAAGGGUAUUUUCUCUUUAAUUUAAAAAAGUAAUAUUUAUUUAUUAAAAGGAGCCUUGGUAGAAUGUUAAUUGUUUGUGAUACAUUCUUUAAUAAACCCUGUUUUAAAACCUCAAUUAUAUAUACUUAUAAUUAGGAUAUUAAAAUACAAUAGUACACCCCUUUUUGUUUAGAUUCUUGUAAAAUAUAAGAUUAAUCAAGGUAUAUGGGGGUGGCCUGCAUCUGUGUUUUUAUCUGGCAAGUAGAAUCCAUCUGACAAGGUAUCUCAUCUUUCUGGGAAAAGGGGACCUUUUUUUGCAGCAAGAAAUUUAAGAUUAUUUUGCGGGAGGGAGGUGAUUCUACUUGAUCUGUAACAUAUUUUUAAAAUUAUGAUUAUGGUUUUUGGGUUGUAGCUGUCAUUUUUAGUCUUCUAAAAAUAUCUUUCCCCUUAACUCUUCUAUAAAGGGAGGUCCCUCUCUUUCUUACAGGGCUGUGAAUUAAGGAAUGGGUAGAGUUUACAUUUAAGCAUGCCAGUGUCUGCCCAGUUUCUUAAUGUAUACAUUUGUUUUCCUUUUUAGUUAUUUUUUGUUUUUAAAAUGCUAGAAGAAAACCUAGAUCUUCCUAGUGCCUUUGAACUUAUACUGUAGUUUGAUUAAUUUUAAAUCAUUAAUAACUUCAGUAGCAUUACUACAAUACUGUAUACUGGCCAAAAUUGCAAAUCUUCCAAUGAGUUUGUUGCAUUAAUUUCAAAAGCCACACUUUCAUUGUAUUUUAUGUAUAAAUUCUAUUUGUUCAAGUUGUAUAUAUUGAUAUUGUAUGUAUACAUGCAGCAUGGUUAAGUUAGAAAUAAAAAUCUUUACCUAA